AUGGCGAAUGCCAAAACACACUGUCACUCAGCCGGCACGUUCGCCAUCGCUCAAACUGUCCACAGCCAGGGAGGCGUGGCCAGAAUGGGCUGUAACUUGUCGCCGAUCCGUCUGCACGUCAGCCGGCUGUCACACCUAAUUGUUUCCAGGACGGCGCCUGGACAACAUAUGGAAUGGUCAAGACGUGGGAUUUUAGGCUACGGAUCGAUAAAAUGAUAAGACGAAAGGUUUAAGCUAACUAUUUUCAUUUUGACAAAGAAUCCAGCGAAGUUAUUUUUGAUAAAGAGGACAGAUGGAAUUUCAUUGUCAUGAAAAUCGAAAAAAUGAACUUUCAGAACCUUUCUGAUCCCGAAGCGUUUAAAAAGCAGAAAAACUCAAAAAUUCUCGUCCCUUCUCCAAUCUGGAAAACGUUCAACAACAAAUCCUAAUUAAUUCUUAUUCUACUUUUUUUCUUUUUGGAAAAAGACGACGAUUUGAAACAAUGCUUGGCUAGACGUGGGAAACCGUUGUAAAAUUCGUAACCUCACAAAAAAAGUCAUGAAACUCGAGAAUUCCUUUCCCCUUUUCAUACCCUAAAAAAAUCAUCAUACCACUGAACAAAUUAUAAAUUUUUUCCAUUAAAUCUUUUUUGUUGAAAUGUAAAAUAAAACAUGACGUCCCUCUGAAACAGUUACCAACUAUAAGAAAAACAAAUUCGACUUUUGCAACUUAAUAACCUUCAGUAAUAGUUUAAAAACUGAAGAACCUUGUCUUUUCAAAUCCAAAAACCAUUCCCAGCCCUAAAAUCGUCACUUCUCUUCUUCUCAUUCAACCUUUUUUGUUCUUUAAACUACAACUCUUCGAAACAAUGCUCGGCCGGGGCAUGGGAAACCGAAAUUCGGCCGACCGGAACAAAGCCUUUGUUAAUCGCGGACACGGCACGUUUGCAGUGUACAGUCCGUUCGGUGCCAUUAAUCCGCCAUCCUUUUCCUUCCUUUUGAAACUGAACUCUUUGGGAAAUUGGAAAGGCGCAUGACUUUUGGAACAAAAGGGACUGAAACAAACUCUAACAUUUAAAAAGAACCUUGAUGAAAACUUAAAUUACUGAAAGAAAAAAUGACCUAAUAAGAAAAAACUUGAAAAAAAAUAAAUGAAAACUGAAAAAAAAUAAAAACGCAAAACAACUCUGAAACCGUUGAAAAAAUAGCACAAAAUUUUUUAUAAAAUAGCUAUUUCGGAUUAGCUUGUUCCUUUUUUUCUUUCAAAACGUACCACUCAUCAAAUUUGACCAAAUUUCGUUUCGAGACCUUGGUUUUUUGCAUUUUUGUAGAUCGAAAGUCGAAAAAAAAAAAACUGUUCUACGGUAACUUUUUUUUUGCUGUGCUUUGGAACAUCAUCACACGGAAUACAAUGUACAGAGUUUUUAUUUUUCAGAAAAAAAUGAUUGGUUUGUUGCUAUCAGAUCAGAGGCAGAGCUGCUAAUGGAAAGCGGGUACCGCAGCGCACCCCGGGGAGCCCCGACACGGGAAGAGGUCACAUUGUCAAAAGAGCCAUUUUUUCUAAAUUUUGUUCAAAAAAUUUUUUUCCACUUAUUUUCUACAUUUUUACUCAUUUUCAAUUUUUCGGGUCGUGUUGCCCCGAGACAAUUGCUUCAAUUUGCUUUCAAAAAACCCGUGGCGCUCCUUCAGCAGCUCUGAUCAGAGGAACAAGAUCUACACACUCUCCAAAAACGAGCUCAAUCAGCGAAAUUAAAUUUUUAACUUAUGAGUGUCUAUAACUUUUUUCAUGAAUCUUCGCGACAGUUUUCAAAUACACCUUUGCAUCCAGCGUGAAAAACUACACCUAGCAUACCUAGUCUCACUCAAAAAUCCCACUGCGACCAAAGACCAUUUGCUAAAUUUCCAAUCCGAUUCUUACGAAUUUCAAAAACGAAAUCCAGGCUCUCAAAGGCCGCCGGAACCAAUCAAAAACGGGUGCGGCAUAAUAAAUCGCGCGGCGAAAUGGUUAGGCGGCCGUAUGGCUUCUCCUUCGUGA